UUCUCAAAACCUAAAAGGUAAUUAAAUUGUCCAAUCCAAAGGUCUUGAGAGAGAGAGAGAGAGAGAGAGCUCGGAGUGGAGCGAGUAUAGAGGUGAAGUAUCGCCAUUGGAGCGGCAACGUGAGCGUGUGAUCUCUCCACUGAAACUAGCUAUCAAGAUGAAUCCAUUUCCUUCACAAAACUUGAUGCUAUCUGCUACAAACGCAAACAAGGACGCAGCCUUGCUUAUAUCUAAUGCUCAUUGGUUUCACUCCCAUAUCGCUGUUCCAAAGACCACAGGCAUUGAUCUUUCUCAAGUAUCUCAAGCAAAUCCUGCCGAAGGUGUGAUGGUGCCUCAGUCUCGUUCGUUUCAUCCUCCUACUACUAUAGAUUACAGAAACGGUGUGGAAACCGUGGAACAGAAGUCCACGAAUCAGUCUCCUCCGAAAGCUUUGAAGCCUAAAACGCCAAGAAAGAAACGCUCUGCAUCCAACAAGUCAAAGAAAACUUUGAGCAUACCAGAAACAAAGCGCGAGAAGAAGAAUCUGGACAUCAACAUUGACAUUUCAAGCUUCGAUACUUCCGGGGUUCCUCCUCCUGUGUGUUCAUGUACAGGGGUUUCAAGGGUUUGCUACAAAUGGGGCAUGGGCGGUUGGCAAUCCUCAUGCUGUACCAUCAGCAUAUCGACAUAUCCACUACCCAUGAGCACCACAAGACCCGGAGCUCGUCUUGCUGGAAGAAAAAUGAGCAAUGGUGCUUAUGUCAAGCUCCUUGCAAGGCUUGCUGGCGAAGGGUAUAGCCUCUCUCACCCUGUUGAUCUCAAGAACCAUUGGGCCAGACACGGAACUAACAAGUUUGUGACCUUCAAGUAGUCGUUUCAUUAGUUGGGUUCGGUUUUAGAUUAGCUUUUGUGGUCUCUUUGUAAGUUAUCUUUACAGUCUCAGCCUUUUAGUAUAUAUGCUUGAAAACUGACUAAAGGAGAUUCAGUGGCUAUGAUCAAUAGGACGACACUUAUUUUUCUUUAGGUGGAAUGUUAUCUCUUGGUACUGCAAAGGUAGAGAAGAAGGCAAUAACCAUUUCUCUGUCCUAAGUUGUGCUUCCCAAUCAGAAAGCACUCUCUGUUUCGUUGAAGA